AUGUUGUCCCUGCGAACCUUGGUCCCGCUGUUGCUGGGUGGAAGUGCGUUAGGUGCAGCUUCCGCUCACGCGUCUCCCAAGUGGGCUCCGAAGGUGUUCAUCGUCUCCAUGUUUGAACCUGAAGCUGAAGCGUGGUGGAACAUUCCUGAAUUCAACCUUCUGGCCCACAACAUCAGCCUUCCCGGGCUUUCACCUCUCUAUCCCGACAUUCACUGUACCGAGAACCAUGAGGUCUGCCAACUGAUCACUGGCGAAUCGGAGAUCAAUGCCGCUACGACCGUGACCUCUGUCGCGUUCUCGCCCCUGUUCGAUCUCACCAAGACCUACUUCUUCAUCGCCGGUAUUGCAGGUGUCAAUCCCAAGCGAGCGACCCUUGGCGCGGCGACCUUUGCACGAUAUGCCGUUCAGGUGGCUUUGCAGUACGAAAUUGAUAUCCGAGAGCUUUCUGCCAACUACUCGACCGGAUAUAUCCCUCUGGGCUCCGAUUACCCCGGUCAAUACCCCACCAGCAUCUACGGGACAGAGGUUUUCGAAGUCAAUGCCGAGCUUCGCAGCAUUGCGGCCGGCUUUGCUAGCAGAGCGAAUUUUUCUGAUUCCGCGGCCGCAAAGGCUUAUCGCGCCCAUUACGCAACUGAAACGGGAGAGUACCACGCCGCUACCGUGGCCCCGGAAGUCGUCGAGUGCGACGUGGCUACGUCGGAUGUCUACUACAGCGGCAACAUCCUGGGUGGUGCUUUUGAGAACACCACCAAAUUGUUUACCAAUGGCACAGGUGACUACUGCUCCAGCGCCCAGGAAGACAACGCUACGCUCGAGGUUCUUCUCCGGUCAUCUGCUAAGAAGCUCACUGAUUUCUCCCGUAUCAUUGUCAUGCGCACUGCAUCCGACUUUGACCGCCCCUACCCCGGGCAGGCAGCGACCGAAAACCUGCUCUAUGCGGAUGCGGGCGGCUUUGAGCCGGCCCUCGAAAACAUCUACCGCGCUGGCAUUGAAGUCGUUGGAGGUAUCUUGAAGGGAUGGCAUUCUACCUUUGCCGCCGGUGUGAAGCCUCGUAACUAUAUUGGAGAUAUCUUUGGAACUUUGGGCGGAGAGCCGGACUUUGGCCCCGGCCGAACUCAGUCUCUGGCUGACAGUGGAGCCUAUAAGAAGAGAAGCGUUGGAGCUGCUCUCAAAAGACGCAACUAA